CGAUUCGCAGUUAGUUUGUUGAUAACUACGUGACUGAGCAGAGCAUUUUGGUCGACAUUUCUUUUAUAAUGUCCAAUGAUGAUAACUACAAUUCGGAUGAGUUGGAAGCGCCCGCCUGGCUGGAUAAGCACUUCCUUCAGGAUGCGCUAGUGAAGCACUUCAAGAAGCCGAGUCUAAUAGCAACUGAAUCAAAGAUCUCCCCAGCGAGUGCUAAAGGCGAUCACUAUGCGAGUGUAAUGUUCCGGGCUACUGUUCAGUAUUCGGUGCAAAAGAGAAAAUUUUCAAAGUCGUUGAUCAUUAAGACGAUGCCUCAGGCGGAAGGACAUAAGAAAGAAUUUCUGGCCGAUUCUAAAAUAUUCCAAACAGAGAUUGCGAUGUUUACAGAAGUGCUGCCCAAGUUCGAGGCAAUUCUUCGUGAGGCAGGGGAAGAGAUCAAGUUUUGUGCCACCUGCGUCUAUCACAGCUUGGAUCCAAGGCCGGUGAUUAUUUUUGAGGAUCUGGUGCCCCAGGGCUACCAAGUAAUUCGGGACAGAUAUGCCACCUUAACUGAACUGCGAUCGGUGCUUGGAAAACUUGCCAAAUGGCAGGCAGUUAGCUUCAAACUGUUGAAAGAACAACCGGGAACAUUUAAUGAACUGCAAUUUGAUUUGACGACAUUGUCAAACUUUUUGGAACACGAUUUCAUGAAAACCGCGUUGCCAAAUUUUAUAGACAUGAUCAGUCAGGAGGAAAAUUUAAAGGAGUAUCGAAAAUACUUUGAGCCAAUGCGAGAAAACCUCCUUAAACGCUGGCAAGACGUAGUUCGUGAAUAUCGUGAGAAUCGACAGUCCAAUGCGUACUAUGUUCUGUGCCACGGCGACUUUCAUAUCCGUAACACGAUGUUCAAUAACGACGGCGACUGCAUGCUGCUCGACUUCCAGAUUUCCUACAUUGGAUCCAUAGCUAACGACUUGCAUUACGCAAAAUAUAUGCUGUUGGGUCCUGAUGAACGAAAAGACAGAUGCGAUGAAUUACUCUUUUACUUUUUUGAUACCUUUGUAAAGACUUUGUUGAAAAUUGGAUAUCAAGGAGAGAUGCCCAGCUUAGUAGAGUUCCGAAGGCAGAUCUUUGAUAGGCGAUACAGUGAUUAUAUGUUGCUCACUAUAUUCUUACCCGGAUCUUAUAACAUGCGCAAAGGCAAGGAUCCUGGCGCAUUGCUACAGGAUGAAAACCUACGCAAGCAGUUGUAUCAGGAUAAGAGCUACAAGCAAGAAUUGGAAUAUCUUCUGCCUCGAAUGAUGCAUCUGGGCUAUUUUGAAUUACCCGAACAAAAAUAAUUAUCUAUCGAAAUAUUCUAUGCUACAACUUCAAGAGCCAUAAAGAUAUAUUCGCUGUG